GAUUUAACACGUAUAGCAUUUGGGACCGGACUCACUUUGCUCAUGUAGCAUUCGCGAACAGAAAACAAUCAGUACGAUUUACCAUUCACAUUUUAAUUCGGAAGGAGUUACAGUAUAUCGCAAAAGGUUACUGGCUCUCUCUUGGAUCACAUUUCUCGGGUAUGCAGAAAACAACAACAGUCUCAUGCACUUCUCCUGUGUGCAAACCAGACCCAUUCAUCUGGUUUUUACAAGGCUAUUUUUUCACCUGAGUUACAAUGGCAAGGGAAUACGGUGAACAGUGGAGAGAGAGUAUGCUGAGAAUGUCAUGCCUUUCUUGCAAAGACGAAUAUAAUAUGGAUUCUGUGGGAACCUGCAGAGAAUGCUAUGAAGAGGCAAGUGAAACUGAGGAAGAGCUCAAGAAAGAGAUUGAAGAGUUGAAAGCACGGAUUGCUUUCCUAAAAACAUGGGCACCUGAGACAAUGCUUGAUCAAUAUACUGACAUUGUUUUUGAAGUUGGAGAUGGUUCUAAGAUAAAAGCUCACAGAAUUGUCCUGAUCAGCAAGUCACCUGUUUUCAAAGCAAUGCUGGGGAGCGAAAUGGAGGAGAGCAGGAGUGGCACCAUCAAGAUUACUGAUUUCAGCUACGAAGUACUUCGUGCCUUUGUACACUACCUGUACACAGCUGAGACUUUUCCAGAUGAACAUAUGGCCUUUGACUUGUUAGUGCUAGCAGAAAAAUAUCAGGUCAAGCAUCUUAAAACUGUAUCUGAGAAAUUCCUAAUGUCCAAGGUGAACAAAGACAAUGCCAUCAUGACCUUUGCCUUUGCCCAUCAGCAUAAUGCCAAGCAUCUACGUGAGGCUGCACUUUCAUUAAUUAUUGAGAAUAUGCAUACUUUGACGACAAGAGAGGAGUACCAUCUCUUGGUUGACAAAGACCCAAGACUGGUUGUUGAAAUCUACGAGGAAUAUCUAUCUAAACAAGUUAAUACUGCAGUGAAGGAUUCUACAAACUCAUCAGUGAGAUUUUAAAUAUAUUUGUGGGAAACUUUUGUUAACUCAAUUAUGUCUAAAAGCUUCAGAGCCCUGGAAUUAUCAAUUGUUUCUCCGAGCCAUGAUUUUUGUGCUUAUUCAUCUUUACUACUUUUUGGUAUAUUUUAUGUCUUGUACCAUAAUAAUAUCAUUUAACAACUCUGGAAUAUCCUAGUAAAUGCGAUUGUAAUUUUGAUUUA